CUUUGCUAAAAAUCAGGCAGUAGAUCAGAGCUCGGGGACCUACCUCUGCUUUCUGGAUUCAGAUGAUGUGAUGAUGCCUCAGCGAAUAAGGCUGCAAUGGGAAGCUGCUAUUCAACAUCCCAAAAGUAUUAUAGGAAGCCAAAUUAAGAGAGAGCCUGUGGAGGCAACUGAGCGAUACACUAGGUGGAUCAAUAAUCUAACACAUGAGCAACUCCUUACUCAGAUUUUCACUUCCCAUGGACCAACAGUAAUUAUGCCAACUUGGUUCUGUUCCCGAGAAUGGUUUUGCCAUGUGGGCAGAUUUGAUGAAGGGGGAAAGGGUGUUCCAGAAGACUUGCUGUUCUUUUAUGAACAUCUUCGAAAAGAUGGUGGAGUUUUUCGAGUUGACCAGUGCCUUCUUCUCUACCGUUACCACCCACAGGCAGCCACUCAUUCAGUUCUAGAGGAGACUAUCUGGAGAUACCGGGUCUCAUUUCUAGAAGAGAGACUUCUGAGUCACUGGACCUGCUUCACCAUUUGGAAUGCUGGCAAACAAGGACGGAAGCUCUUUCGGAGUUUGUCUCAAGCUAAUCAGAAGAAGGUGGUUGCAUUUUGUGAUGUGGAUAAAAAUAAAAUCAUGAAAGGUUUUUACACUUACGAAGACUCUAAGGAAAUUCCCAAACCCAAGAUUCCUAUCUUACAUUUCAGAGAUGCUUCAUCACCUUUCAUUAUUUGUGUAAAACUGGAUCUGACAAGUGGGCAGUUUGAAGAAAAUCUGAACCUCUUGGAACUGAAAGAAGGAGUGGAUUAUUACCAUUUUAACUGAAGAUCACACAGGAGCAAGCAAAGGCACGUAAAAAUCUGCUUCCUCUGAGCUAUGUGUUUCUCCAAGGCAUGACUUCCUUCAUGGCUGCUGUGAUCAUGGGCUCUCCCAUUAUCUUACCACCCCUAAACCUGAGUAGGAGAUGGGAUCAGUUGCUGUGUCUGGAUCAUUUUUCACCCACCUGCCAGCGUAGCACAUUGUAGUGUUGGAUUCCAGGAUAAGAGUAUAUAAUAUUUCCUCAAGGCCUGUAGAUGUAACUUUAAUUUUUAAAGUCCUUUUGUGACUUUCAUUGUACUGCAUUUGUAUAUUUUACAAAUGCUAAUAUACUUAUAAUACAUAUUAAAAUACUUAUAAUAAACUAAAUAGUAAAAAGAAAAGAAAACGGGAGGAUACUACCACAUGGUCAGGAGUAGACAUUUUAUUUCAAGUUUGGGGAAAAGAAGUUUCAAUUGUAUUUCCUGUUUUUAGAGGUGAUAUAUUUUUAGUUUUCCAGUCAAAACCAUACACUCAAUAUAGGUUGUGAUCCCACUGUUUUGGUGCCCUUUACACAGGCCAAGAACAUCAACAGUCCCUUUCCUGAAUAUCAGUUUGCAUAGUUGCCAUUACUAGCAUUCAAACACAUCACGCACACACACCUAUUUCCCCUUUCAAGAGCAAAGUGGCUAUCCUUGUGAGCACAACAACUGGAGUUGUGGGUUGACGUUUACUACAGAGAAGCUAAGCUAACAGCAAUGCAUGACAGGGUAACUUGCUUUAGCAAGUACAAAUUGCUUCACUAGCAUGUUCAAGCUUUCAUUGUAAACAAGACAAACAGCUGGAAAAGAUAGAAUAUACAAGAAAUUGUGGUUUGAUCUUUCCAAUAGAUACUUGAAUUCAAUUUUGAAAAAGGAACAUGCAAUAUCAAGGCUCAGAAUUCAUAUUAAAUUUGAACUACAAGAGAAAAUUAUGUGUCCAAACUGCCAUCUUGUGGCUAUGAAUGUGGAGUUAACACUAUCAGACUUUAAGUUUAGUUAACAAUUCUUUAAAUAAAAAUUCUCUAGUAAAUACAGUGCUUCCAAAUGCAGGCCUGCAAACUAUUACUUUUUCUUUAUACAGUUGCUCAGGUUGUUGAGUCAAAUUCUUCUUUCUCUUUUGGAUCUUUGUUUUCAAUGUUGAUGGGUUUCCAUUUAUUUGUUCUGCAGAAAAUAUGCAAAAGGGAAAGCAUUGUGGCUUAACUUCACGACAUAAUUAAGAGUUAGCUUGAAAAUAAAAGAAAAGAAACCGUUA